UUUCCAAUUUGCUUUACAAUUUGUUGUAUUGUUUUUGUUGUUCAAUGUUCGACUUCGCCUGAGUUUGAUUUCCGAUCGAUCCUGGGAAGUCAACCUACAUUCUGCAACAGCCAUGGCACACUCAGAAAAUUUGAUUUUUAAUGUAACAAAGAAGGAGACCGAAAUUGUUCGUGCCAACACCAAAACUCCCACAUCGACAAAUCAUGAAAUCAAACGCUUGUCGGAUAUUGAUGAUCAAAAAGGGCAUAGGUUUCUCCAGCCUCUCAUAUUCUUCUAUCCUCCUUCGUCUUCGACAAUAAACCCUGUUGGGAUCAUUAGAUAUGGCUUAGCCAAAGCACUUGAGGCUUACUAUCCACUCGCCGGUAGGGUUUUGGAAGGGCCUAAUGGAAAACUCAUGGUGGAUUGUAAUAAUGAAGGGGUUGUGUUUGUCGAAGCUGAGGCUGAUGUGAAGCUCGAGGAGCUUCGUGAUGGGAUUUUGACGAAAUUUUCAUUUGUACCGAAGCUUUCUUCUAAUUUGCCGAAGCUUUUUUGUCAUGUGCUUGGAUCUGAUGCGAUCAUCGGUAACCCUCUCUUGUUUAUUCAAGUAACAAGAUUCACAUGUGGAGGAUUUUCUUUGGGCAUUUUAUUCAACCACACGUUACUAGAUGGUUCAGGCCUAUGGAUGUUCCUAAAUGCUAUCGGUGAGCUUGCGAAAGGUGUGUCGAAACCAUCCGUGGAUCCGGUUUGGCGAAGGGAGCUUCUAGAAGCAAGAUCUCCUCCGAGGAUCACGUGCCACCACUACGAAUACGACCACAAAAUUUCAAGCGACAAACCCCUAGCAUAUCCGAUGGACACCUUCAUUCUCACAUCGAUUUUCUUCAGCCCUAAAGAAAUCCAAACACUAUGUAAUCAAUUACCCAAAGGUCGAUUUUCAUCCUUCGAUGUGAUAACGGCUUGCUUGUGGAAAUGCCGAACCAUUGCGCUUGAGGCGCAUCCGGAUGAUAUUGUUCGUGUCUCCGUAGUUGUGAACAUGCGCUACGGCGCAAUUGGGGCGAGCAUUCCACAAGGAUACUAUGGCAAUGCAUUUGUUUCUCCUGCAGAAAUAUCGACGGCUAGUGCUUUGUGUGAUUCCCCUUUGGAGGAUAUCGCAAAUUUGGUUCAAAAGACGAAGCGCAAAAUGAAUGAAGAGUACAUUAAAUCGGUUGCAGAUCAUAUGGUGAUCAAAGGUCGAUCCAAAUUAGCCGAAACAUGGAAUGUAGGGGUUUCGGAUAUAAGGAAAAUAGGGUUUGAUAAGCUCAACUUGGGCUUCGGAGAGCCCUCCUUUGCCGGAGUUCCGUGGGCAACUUCAAUAUAUACUUUCUACAAUAAUGUGAAGUGUGAUGGAGGGGAAGAUGGAGUUCUUGUGACCUUAUGCUUGCCAUCUAUGGCCAUUGAAAAGUUCCAGUUUGAGGUGAAAAAGAUGACAAGAGGACCAAUUUCAAAAUAUUGAAAUAGUGAUUAUAUCCAUGAUAUAUAUAUAUAUAUAUAUGAAUUAGGGUUCGAUAAUAAAUUGGAAAGCCUAUCUAUGUUUUUCCAUGGAUAUGAAUUAAUGUACUAUAUGGUGUGAUUGUGUUUUAUACUUUACCUUUAUGAAUCUUGAUCAAUUUCUGAAUCUAAUCUUUACCAUACCAUUAAUGUUAUGGCAAAA